AAGUUUGACGGCCGACGACGCAAACGACAAUCUUCUCUCCCGACAUCGAGGACCACCCCGGCAACCACAUCAAAAUGGUCCGUUACGCUGCUCAGGAUAUUCCGGCCGCUAAGAGCGCCCGCGCUCGGGGCUCUUACCUGCGUGUCAGCUUCAAGAACACCCGCGAGACCGCCCAGGCCAUCAACGGCAUGAAGCUGCAGCGUGCCCUUGCCUUCCUUGAGAACGUUAAGACCAAGACCGAGGUCGUUCCUUUCCGGCGAUUUGCCAGCUCCACUGGCCGCUGCGCUCAGGCUAAGCAGUGGGGUGUUGCCCGUGCCCGUUGGCCUGUUAAGUCCGCCGAGUUCCUCCUCGACCUUCUGAAGAACGCCGAGGCCAACGCCGACACCAAGGGCCUCGACACCGGCAACCUCGUUGUCAAGCACAUCCAGGUCAACCAGGCUCCCAAGGGCCGCAGACGUACCUACCGUGCUCACGGUCGUAUCAACCCUUACAUGACCAACCCCUGCCACAUCGAGCUCAUCCUGACUGAGGGUGAGGAGGAGGUCAAGAAGGCUACCGUCGUCGAGCGCACCCGCCUCAGCUCCCGGCAGCGUGGUGCUCAGAUCCGCAAGGCCCUCACCUCGGCGUAA